GUUGCAACGACACACGAGGAAUAUUGUAAGGGCACGUGGAGAUGAUAGCGGAACUAUCUCACCUGCAGAAAACAAGAGUUUUCUUGUUGGGGGCCGUGGACAACCCCCCAGGCUCCUCAGUCCAAAUCAACCUGAAAGAGCUAGGAAAAUGUAAAGUUUUAUGGAAUAUAAAAUAGAAACAAUCGAGCACAUCCUUUCAAGCUGAACGGCAAUAACCUUCAGCGAUGACUAUAAAUCCGACCAUUUUAGUUUCCUCUAUUAAGUAAUGAACUCAAGGUUAAUAAUGAAGUAAUUUAAUCUUAAGUACAAAACCGUGUGACACUACACUUAAGCUUAUUUCGCGAGAAUCCUGUAGUCGGCCUUGUAAUAUAUAUAUAUAUAUAUUCAGUGGGCGGAUGAAUUCGUUUUCUGACUAAUUUGAAUCGUCAAGAUAACCUUCACUGUCGUCAAGUAAAAUAUUGUUCUUCACUGAAAAUAAUAUAUACGGUACUGAGGAAAGCGUUUCAAUUUUGCUUCUUAGUAAAAAACUCUGAUUUGACCUUUCAUCAUGAAUUUCUCGAUAAGCGAGAUAUAUCUUGUGAGGGAUAUGUACUGGAUGUAUUUCAAGUUCAAAGUGCUAAUAGCUUUCAGAAAAAAAAAUCGUCUAAUCAGCGAAGUGAAGACGCAACAGACAUGUUUCACAACCGGCCCUGCGGCUGCAAAGGGCAACGUUCUUGCCUAGCAUGCGAAGCGCAGUUCGGGGCCUUCAGCGUUUCGGGUGGCAUUUCAGACCACAUGAAGGAGACGAGCGUGGUCUUCUGUCCUCACUGCGAGUUGGCGUGGCCGGGAUGGGGAGUGAGCGACUGGCAGUCUCAUCCGCAACAUAAGGGUCAACCUGUCCAGAUAGAGGGCGUGAAGCUGGUGCUGGACUUCGUGACCGAGGACGAGGAAGCAGAGCUCCUUGAGAAGCUUGACCAAGUGCCUUGGGAUACUUCACAGAGUGGGAGGCUCAAGCAGAACUAUGGUCCAAAAUGUAAUUUCAAGAAACGGAAAGUGAAGCUGGAUGGUUUCAACGGCUACCCACUAUUCACCAAGUUUCUGCAAGAUCGUUUCCGAGAUGUUGAUAUAUUGAGAGAUUUCCUGACAGUUGAACAGUGUUCCCUGGACUACACACCCAGCAGGGGAGCGUCCAUUGAUCCCCACAUUGAUGACUGCUGGAUAUGGGGCGAGCGAAUCCCUACCUUGAGUCUCAUGAGCGACUCUGUUUUGACUCUGACGCUAUAUGAAGGUCGUGACUCACGCUAUAACCUCCCUGAUGUGAAAACUUACCCUUCGGUUGUGAGUCCACAGGGACUAGUCAAAACAAUGGAUCAGUUACGAGAAUAUUACAAUGGAGGGAAUUCAGCUGAGGAAGAACUUGGUCGAGCCGUCAGUCUGGACGCAAAAGGUUUGGAUUGCUCACAAUCUGCUGCUGGCUCACCUGCACCGAGAGAUCAUAGCACUACGCUAUCAUCAGCACAUGCAUCACGUUCUCAAGAUGCCUGUUCUCGAGCUAGUGAAGUCGCUAUUUCAUCACAAGAAAUUAGUUCUGAAGGUAACAGAGCAGUGAAGCCGACUGGGGUGCGAGUGGUGCGAGUGCCAAUGCCGCGUCGUUCACUGCUCGUGCUCUACGGCAGCGCUCGCUACGACUACGAGCACAGGGUGAUGCGCGACGACGUGCCGCAGCGACGCGUUUGCAUCACUUACAGAGAGCUGACCCCCACCUUCCUGUCGUGUGGACCACAAUCGCAAGUCGGAGCAGAGAUCCUCGAGGCUGCCCAGGAAUUCUGGGACCACACUGUGGUAUACUCGACCUCUGCCACGACCGCAGAUGGAGAGAAAAACGUCAACGGGCCAUUGCAAACUGCGGUGGCGGUGUAAUGCUAGUAUCUAUACUCGACACAUUCCUUGUAAUAGAGCCAACUAAGCUGAAGAAAAAAUCAUUUUGAUUCUUACUUGAGGCAAGAAUUUUAUAGUGACAACCUCGAUGUACGAUGUUAGUUUCAAAUUAUUUCAAUCUUAUGUCAAGAGGGUUAAGAUGUGCAUGCUGAUCUCGUCGCAAAAACAGGGAUAGCAACAAGAAUUUUUGCAAUAAAGAUUUACGUAUUUGUAUUCAUAUUAUCAUCAGCAGUCGGAUAAGAACCUAUUAAUCACAUACUCGUACUUUAAACUCGCAGAAAAUUAAAGAAGUUUUAAGCACAAAUUAUAUCCAAUAUACAAAGCAAUUAUAUGUUUUACAAACCGAG